CUCAUUUGAUUAAAACAUUAUUCUCUUUGUACUAUAGUAUAGCUAUGGCAGUGGAUUUUUUGUCAAGAAUCACUCUGCGGCCAUUCAAGUUAAGCGACGUGGACGGUUUCAUGUUGGUAACAGGCGAUGAUAGAGUAACAAACUUCACUAGAAGGAAAUCUUUUGUUUCAAGGGAACAAGCUUUAAACUAUAUCCAAGAUGUAUGCAUUCCUCACCAUUGGACACGUUCCAUAUGCAUUGACGAUAAAACUAUUGGAUUCAUAUCCAUUUCUCCAGGUGGAUCUGGUGACCAUGGUCAUGAUGAUGACAGGUGUAGGGCUGAGAUAGGCUAUGCUGUAGCUGCAAACUACUGGGGUCAAGGGAUUUGCACCAAAGCUGUUAAGGUUGCUGUGUCACAAGUUUUCAAGGAUAUUCCUUGUUUGGUAAGGUUGCAAGCUUUUGUUGAUAUGGAGAAUCAAGCUUCACAGAGGGUUUUGGAAAAGGGUCUCUGAAGACAUAAAUUUUGUCAAUCUAAAACCCAAAUUGAAUACUCUACUGUGAUAUCCAGAAAAUCGAAGAGUUUUCAAGCUUGAGUAUCGCUCACCUUCGAACUGAAGAGGGAUGAAGAUUUAAAGGUAAUGUAGAGUAUAUUUUACUGUUACUUAUCAAAGGGUCCGAUUGAAGUGGAUGCGACGAUUGCAAGAUCAACCAAAGAUAUUAUAAAAAUAUUGCAACAUCCUGAAACCACUCGUUUGUAAUGAAGUGUAAUGUUAAAUUUAUGUUAAUCGAUUAUCUAUGUAACGUUAAGUAUUUUGAUGUUAA